AUGGAGGCAACCCUCGAAAACUUCAUUUCAAACAUUUUGAUAAAUUUGAGGAAUUUAGCUGACGAAAGACUACCUGGGAUUAGCCAGUUAUUGAAAUCUGGCUGUUCGAUUAUGCCAUUAGGUAUCUUAAAGGAAAUAAAGCCAAAUGUUCAGGAUCUUGCAACUUCAGCACCUAGUUUAUUCUUUAAUGCAGCAGCACUUUAUUACGCCAAAUUCAUACAAUUAAUUGAAGUCACAAAUUUGGCAGAUGAGUGAACUCUCAUUCCUCAAUACCUCAAAUUAAUUGGAAUUAUGAAAAAUUUAUGUAAUGGAGAAAAUCAUUUAAAAGAAGUAAACUUUGAGCCUUGGCUUAAACUUAUCAUUGAUAGCAUAAAAGAGGUUUUAUUCUCUUAUGAAACUAUCGAAAAGACCUUUGCAUUUCUAAAUAUUUUAAAAGAAAUUGAAAAACAAUUUGAUCCCCAAGUUUUAGCACAAAAAGAGCAAUUUGAGUUUAUUGAUCUUGGAAUACAGGAAUAUGUAGGAGGCGAAGAAGACUUAAUAAAAAGCUAUUUUACUGUAAAGACAAUAAAGGAAGGCUGGGGUUUUGAUUUAUUUUAUUCUGAAGGAUCAUGAAUCGAAAAGGCCCGCAGCUGGCUAGAAGAGGAAAGUAUAGAAACUUGUGAUAAAAUUUUGGUCAAAAGCAUACUCAACAAAUUAAAUUCCUUUACAAAUAAGUAUUAUCCUGAAAUUGAAGAUGAUAUCACCCGAUUUUGUGAAAAAUUUGAAAUGGAUUCAAGCAAUAUUAAGAGUUUAGAACUCCUAGAGAUUCAAAAUCUUAGCCUUCCUAAAAAAGAUAUCUUUCUUUCUUCUGAAUUUAGCCCGAUUUUCGAAGAUCAUUGAAUUGGUGAUAACAGCCAAAUUGAAAUAGUAAGCCCUAUAUUAAAACUUUGAUCAAACGAAGGUAUAUCUAUUUUUGAGUAUAAAUGCUUGCUUAAUGAAAAUCAUAUUUGCAUCAAAAUCUUCAAAGAAGGAAAUUCUGAUAUCAUUUUAAAUCAAUAUAGCUCAUGAGCCUUUAUGGAUAGACCCCAUUUAAAAUGCAGCCACUCUAAUAGACUUAAAUCUUCAUGAUUCAGAUUAUAAUAUAAAUUCCCUAGUUUUAAACGAGUUCAAAAUAGUUUUAUAUAAUUGUUUAAUAAAUUUAAAAAUAUAUUUAAUAAUACUAUUUUGCUCAGCGAAAUAAAUCAAGUCAUAUUUUUACAAUUCUUCUCUCUUCAUAAGUUGUAUUUCGAAGCAAAAUGGCUUUGACCCAAUUUGGUAGUCCUAAAAGUGACUUUUCAAAAAUAGUUGAUAAGGUAAACUAAGCUUACACAAGUAAACGAACAAUUAUUUAAUAUAAAAAUUAAUUUUUGAAUUUCUAGUUAUGAUGAUCCCUUAAAUCAAAUUAUAGAAAAUGCCAUUUUUUAAAAUUCAAUAAAUUCAAAAGCUUGACAAGGAAAACCCAAUACCAUGAAGCGUCUCAAAAUAAGAGAAAAUCUUAAGAGUUACAAGUUAUCCAUUUCCAGCAACUGAUUUCCAUCGCAGAUUGCUUCUACACUUCGUCACCUAACACUCCUCUAAUCUUUUAUGAAUCUAUAUAUAGGAAAAGCCAUCUUUAAUAAAUAAAAAUUAGUUUUAAGAAACUUUGCAAAUUACUUUUAAAUUUUCGUUGUUUAAAGAGCUCUUCGAGAUAAAUCUAUAUACAUUUUUUUCAAAAAAAGAAACUUACUCCCCCCCCCAUCCUUGAUCGAACGACUCGCCAUCGUUCGAUCAAGGAUGGGGGGUUAAAAAAAAAUUUUUCGGGAAAAAAAAUUUAUAUAUAAAAUAAAAAAUAUAUAUGUAUAUUUUGUUUAUUUACUUUUAAAUAAGAGGGUUAAGAGUAUUUAAUAAUUAUUUUUACAGCAAAAAAUUGAAUUAAUUUCAUAAAAUAUCAAUUUUUAAUAUUUUGAUUUAUUAGUUACCCUUUUAAAACUGUAUAAAUUUUAAUUUGUUCCUUACUGAAUUAAUUUUUUUUUUUAAAUUUUAAAGAAUCUCUAUUUUUUAGAUUAUUGAGUUUUCAAGCCUAGGUUGAUGGCUAAAUCACUUCGGAUAGUUGAUUUCGCAGCUUUCUGUCGUCCCAAAGCUCUGAAAACAACUUCAUUAGGUACAUCUUCCAAGUUUUUGAUAACUAAUAUAUUUUUAUAUAUAUAAAAAUUUGCAUGAUAUUAAAAUCGUUCGAUCAAGGAUGGGGGUUAAUUUCCCCAAUUUUUAGGAAUUUUUACAGUCAAUCGUUCGAUCAAGGAUGGGGGGGGAGUUAGCUAUUUUUGGGGCAAUUUUAGCUAAACUCUAACAGUAUUUUUACGUUUUUUAGACAAUUUAACCACAAAAAGAGUUACUGUGCUAAUUAUUUAGCGUUUCUCAGUACCCUUUAGCGGUAAUUUAGCAAAUUCUUCAACCUAAAAUUUAUUUUCUUAAAAAAGAAUACCCUUUUUAUAUUGAUUAAGGACUUAGAAUUUUAUUUUCUUUGCUUGUUCGGACAUAUAUCCAAAAAAUGAACAGAAAAAAAUAGGUCUUAAUUAAAAAUUAAUUUUUAUAUUGAGCCCCCAUUUAAAAAAUUGAUGAAUUUACUUGUUAACUUGGCUACGCUUGCCAACCAUUUUUGAAUAGUCACUUUUAGAAUAACCAAAUUGGGCCAAAGCCAUUUUGCCGCGAAAUACCACUUUUCAAGCAUAAAGAGAGAAGAGCCGUUUUAAUUUUAAAAUAUGCUUUGGUUUAUUUUCUCGAUCUUUAUGGUAUUAUAAGAUAUACUAAUCCCCCGAGGAUAGCGCUAUCUUGCGCCAUCAUCGGGCAUAUCAAAAAUGGCCCCACACCGGGAAUUGAACCCAUUUGUGGGGCCAUUUUCGGUGUGUGUAGAACAUCGACUUCCACGCACCAAAAAUGGCCCCACACGUGGGUUCAAUUCCCGGUGUGGGGCCAUUUUUUCAAUUGCCCGAGGAUGGCGCAAGAUAGGGCCAUCCUUGGGCAAUUCCUAUAUAUUUUUAAAAUUAUUAAAAACAAUUUAUAUAAGUAGGGAAUUUUUAUUAUAAUCUAAAUAUUUCUCUAAUAGUGAAGAUGUGAAGUCCAUUAGAGGGCUGCAUUUUCAAUGAGGUCGAUCCAUAAAGGUUCAUGAGCUAUAUCAAAAGGAAAAAGAGUGCUAUGAAAAAUUGUCCAGCACACGAGCAACUAUUUAUUUGAAAUAUUUUGGAACUUUUGACUACAAACAACAACACUUUAUUAUAAUAGAGCUUUGCAAGUGCGAUCUUUCUAAAUUGAUACCUAACAAUGUGCACUUUUCUGAUAAUGAUUUAGCUUACUUUGCAUACUUAUUUAUUGAAGCUUUAACUCCCUUCUCUGUGAUCAAGAAAAAUUUAUGAAAAAAAAUAUAUAUAAGUGAUAAUUAUUAUAACGAAUCUCAAGUUAAUUUUAUUAUAAUUUAAACAGCUUGCAUUUUAUAGCAUACAUUUUAUUAAUUAAAUUGAUAUUUAUUUUGAAUUUGAUUUUUUAAAUUUUUAAAAAAAAAAAACUAUUAAAAUUUUUUUGUUCGCUUAUGGAGGGGGAUAGAGGGAGGAGUAAGCGAUUUGAAAAAAAAGAAUAAAAUUUAUCAUAGAGACAUUAAACCUGCGAAUAUUGUUAUCAGUCAGACUAAUGAAUUCAAACUUAUAGACUUCAAUAUAUCAGACAAUAUUGAUGAACCAAGCGACAGCCAUACAUUAGAACUUCCAUGCAAAGGAACGCCUUCAGAUGCAGCAGCUGAAAUUUAUCGGGGCUUACAAUAUAAGGAGUCUGUUAAAUAUAGCCGAGAGCGUGCAGAUGUUUAUUCUUUGGGGCUUGUCAUAUUACAAAUGGCUAAAUCUGAGCUAUUGUCGAAUGAAAGGGAAGAUGUUGAAAGCUUUAAUCAGCGUAUAAAAAUUUAUAUAGCCAAUUCUAGACCUCAAACUUCAUGGUUUAAGGAACUACUUGAUAAAAUGCUUGAAGAAAAUUAUAAGAAUCGCCCAAGAUUUGAGUGGUUAUUAAACUUUAUAAAAAGUAAUGAAGAAUUCAUGAAAUGCAAAGAAGGGUAUAAGAAAGACUGGGUAUCAGGCUUAAAUAAUUAA